AUGCCUUCAGAAACCCUACCGCCAGCCCCCGAGAUGUUCUCUCGCUGGGGCGCUUUCCAGACCUGGUGGGGCCGCACCAACAAGGAACAGGUCCAGAUCGCUGAAGCCAGACUCCUCUCCCGCCUCCAGUUCUUCUCCUUCAAAGGCGUCGCCUCAACCGAUGCCUCCAACAGCUUAACCCAGGCCCGUGUCGGACUCGUCCCCCUCUCAGGAAAGAACAGACUCAUCAACACACUCAUCAUCCACCAAAACUCCAGUCCCUCCGCCGUCGACACCUCUGAGGCUGCUGUCGAGAGCAAGGAUCAACAGACCGACGAUCAAGGACGGACACCUAUCGCCCAAACCAAGCUCGACAUCAAAACCGCAACAGACAACGAAUCUAUGAUCUCUCCCCCAGCACCCGGUGAACGAGCCAUUGUUGUCUGCCAUGGUUACGGCGCCGGCUUGGCCUUCUUCUUCCGCAACUACCUCAGUCUAAGUCAAAUCCCCAACUCCAAGGUCUAUGCGAUCGACUGGCUGGGCAUGGGAGGCAGCUCACGUCCUGCCUUCAACUUCAAACACACCUCAAAGACAUCAAUCAAGGAUGUCGUCAGGGAUUCAGAAAACUUUUUUAUCGAGGGUCUCGAGGAGUGGCGCCAGAUCCAAAAGAUUGAAAAGAUGGUCCUCGUCGGCCACUCCCUCGGUGGCUAUCUCUCCACAGCCUAUGCCCUCAAGUAUCCCGAACGUGUUGAAAAGCUCAUCCUUGUCAGCCCAGUGGGAAUCCCAGAGAACCCAGAAGCACAAAAGGCGCCACUCCCAGAGCCACCAAAGGAAGAUGAUUCUACAGGACCCAGUCAAACAACAAGACCUCCUUCACCACAGGCCAGCAGCACACCCAACCCUCCCCCAGUGUCAUCGUGGGUGCGCAAAUUGGCCAUUGGCGCAUGGGAACGAAACAUUACUCCGCAAUCCAUCAUGCGCUUCACAGGGCCAUUUGGACCCUCGCUGGACUUGAACAAUUACAUUUACCAUAUCUCGUCCAAGAGUGGAAGCGGUGAAUAUGCUUUGGCGACCAUUCUCGCUCCUGGCGCCUAUGCACGCUGGCCACUCAUGGAUCGUCUCAAAGAUCUCACCAUGCCUACCGCCUUUUUGUACGGCGAAAGCGACUGGAUGGAUUACAGGGCAGCUGAAAAAGCAAGGAGAUCGAUGACCGUACCGACAGUGCUCAUGAGGAUCUCUGAUGCUGGACACCAUCUCUAUUUGGACAACCCUCCAGCAUUCGACAAGGCCGUGCUCCAAGUCAUCACACGCCCCUGGGAUCACAAAUAG